AUGUCUUCUUAUAGUUUAUUCGACGAUUUUCUGCAUGUCAAUUUAGUUCCAACGCAACCACAUUGCGAUCUAUUGAUGCGGAACGUCACUGGCGGAGAGGAGCCUGCACAGGGCGUUUCUCGCCCACAACGCGACCGACGGAAACAGAAGAACAAUCUGCAAGCGCAAAUCCGCAAAAGCUAUGUGGAUAGCGACUUUCCUCCUGGAGGUGGAAAGUUCAGCUAUCUGCCACGGGAUUGUAUCGAAUCGUUGGUUACGAGGGAAGCCGUCGCUGCUGAGUUGGGUAUUCAAGAUUUGGCCCACCAUAAACAGUACAAGGGCCUCAUCGAAUGGAUCUUGAGCUCUGCACCUAGGCUUUUUCUUAUUGUGCUUAACAGUCAAUUCGUCAGGGGCCAGGAAGAAUUGCACGACUCCAUGGCCCUGUUCCGGUCCUCUGGCUUUGACGACAGCGAACUGCCUUGGUCGGAGUCCUGCAAAUUCCCUGAGGACGAUGGGGGAGACUUGGACGAUACAUGGACGCGGUCGGAUAUGAUUGAGCACUUUCCUCCGGCCCAGUGGAAAUUUCUAGCUCUUGUUAUUCGCUCUGGAAUCUUCACGUACAAUGUACAGCCCAAAGUGAUACUUCCUUUCACUCAGGUUUCCAGUGAAAAGCCGAAGGAAGGUGCAUUCGGCAAAGUCUACCGAGUCAAAAUCCAUCAGUCGCACACUGAUUACUCUUUCGACGAGAUUGCAGUUAAAGAGAUCCAGACAGAUGAAGGGUUGUCGCAGGCUUCAACUGUGGAAGCAGCAUGGCAGGCCGAGGUUGGCGUUCUGAAAUUAAUCAAAGGGAUUCCGAAUCCCCAUCUCAUCGAAUGUCUUGCAGCAAUCGAGAGAGGCCGCGAUCGCUACCUCCUCUUCCCUUGGGCUGAUGGAGGCAGCCUCAGGGACUACUGGGAAAACACUCCACACCAGACUCCAACACAUAGUCUGGUGAAGGAAGCGCUUGUUCAACUCCAGGGUCUCGGGGCCGCUCUCAGUGGCCUUCAUUACUUAGGCCUUAACGACAACUCCGAAGACGCACCCGAUGACUUGCCCCAUGUCCACACAGAAGACGUUGCUGAAGAAUAUAAUUCUAAUUCAGCAGAGGCAUCCAUUAGACACGGCGAUUUAAAACCGGAGAACUUGCUUUGGUUCACCGAACGCUCUCGAGGUGUCGAAGGAGCUCGUUAUCUCAAGAUCGCCGACAUGGGAUUGGCAAAGCGGCAUGUCGUUCGUACUCAAGACCGAUCGCGUCUAACGACAACCACUUAUGGCACUAUACUCUAUGAGGCACCAGAGGCGGAGCCAGCUUUCGGAGACCAGCCUAGGUCACGAUUGUACGACAUUUGGUCAAUGGGAUGCAUCAUCACAGAAUGGAUCAUUUGGCUUCUCUAUGGCAACAAACAAUUGCAGAGGUUUUACAAUGACCUUAAAGGCCCCAAUCAUGAUCCAAAGAAACCUGUCUCGUACUACAUAUUAAGCAACACGAGCCUAGGGCGCCAAUCACAAGAGCCUAUCCUCCACCCGCAAGUUGUCCAUUGGAUAUCGCACAUUCGAAGCAAGCACCCAGAGUGUCAGCGUAAAUCAGCAAUCAACGAUCUUCUGAAGCUUGUGGAAGAAAAAUUGUUGGUUUUCCGCUUGCCAGAUCGUCGGCUGACGACAAUGAGUCGUGCUAAGUCUCGAGGCGAUCCUUUGCCAGCCCCAAGCAUCGAUGACUCCACCAUUCGAUACAGGGCCACAUCGAUCGACUUCGAGAAGGCAAUGAGCAAUAUCCUCCAUGAAGUAGAAAUCUCGCAUGACUAUCUUCUGAUGUCAUCAGUCACGGAACUUUCAACAGCUUCUCAUCCUCCAUCGCGGGGAUCGCGAUUACAUCCCCAGACGGCUGCCCUGACACCAUCUGCGGCACAGCCACCUGCCGGUCUCGGCGUCCCUCAGUUGGCUUUACCGACAAGGACAGCUAGGAACAACUAUACUCUACCACCUCUCGAGGAUUGGAAAUUUCCCGUCGACAAUGACUUCGCUGAAGAUCUCGCGGCGCUGUUAGGCCAGAAGUCACUAGCCCCGACCCUUUCGAAACGCGCCAAGCUAUGUGAAGCUUGUAGCCGGCUCAAAAUCUGGGAGGCUGGCUUUGAUGUCGCCUAUCAACGCGAUAAGCUGCAGCAAAACUCCACGCUGUGUGAUUUAUGUAGCCUUCUAUGGCAUGCUUGGUCCAACGCGUCAGAGGAAGUCAAGUCGAGCGCUGUUAUCAACUUCGACAGGAUCGGCUCAACUAUCCACAUCAGAGGGGCGGCGUCUCAAGCGGCUCUUUCGCUCUUUAGAAGUCCCGGUCAGUGUGCUCGUGAAUUUGAUGUGGACUUUACUAAUGUUCCAUGA